AGUUUCAUUAUUGUGCAAUUAGUCAAUUCUUCAUUGUUUUAAUAAGUUAUGAACUGAAUCUAUUCUCUUCAAAUAUCAAUGGCUUUCACAAUCUCAUUCCCUAUGUUUCGUUUCCUCCUCACACCAUCAGCUUCUUCAAUCUCAACUUCCACGGCUAUUAGGGUUCCGCAUUUACACGCGCCCACGCUCUCCACUCGCCCCACUCUACUAAGCUCCAACUCAAUGAGUCAACCCCUCGCCGAUUCCCAAACCAUCGCCAAUCAGACCGAAUCGCCGUCGGAAAACGCUGACGUGGUGCUGCAGUACGUGGUGCUCCGGCGGGACCUGAUCGACACGUGGCCGCUUGGUAGUGUGGUGACGCAGGGUUGCCAUGCUUCUGUUUCCGCCGUUUGGUCCAACAAAGACGAUCCUUUAACUAUCGAUUAUUGCAGCCCCGAGAAAAUCGAUUCCAUGCACAAGGUCCAUAAAUAUGAGGGUAUGUUGUUAGUCUAUCCAACAGCGUUGCGCAACUCUCAUAAAACUCUCAUUUUCUCCUUGGACAACACUCUUCUUUGUCCCCCGUAAUGUCUAUGCCGUCUACACUGUCCUUUGUCGUCACCACGAGCCACCAACCACCACGACCUCCACUGUUCUCCCACCCUCAUCCAAGUGCUACCACAUGCUGUCCACAACUACGGCCACCUUCCUCUGCUUGAAAUAUCCGUGAGAAGGUUAUUGUGAACUUGUGGUCAGAGUCUUUGCAACAGCUUUGAUUUCGACCAAAUUUCUAUAAAAAAAAUGAAAGGAAUUGAGUUUGGUUAUAAUGUAAAUCCACGGAUUUACAAAAUCAAUUCAAUUAUUUUUUCAAUCCGUUUUAAACAAAGAAUUUGAUUUUGAAAUCAAACCAAUUCCAAUUCCAUUGUGUUCUAAACAUUCACUAAGUGUGACUGCAAAAUUGAAAGGAGAAAUAUGACAAGAAACAUCACACAAGUGUUAAUUCGCAAAGCAAAUCCUCUAUUCUAUUGUAUUUUGUAUACUUCAUCUGUCAACAUGGUAUGUUCAGGACUGAGGAAUCAGUUAAUGUAGCAUAUAUAUUGUGCUUCAUGAUUUGUUAUUUGAUACUAGCUUCAUUGUAUUAGAGUUAUCCACUUAUCUAUAAAGUUGCAUCUAUAUAGAUAUCAUUCAUAUUAAGUUAAUCUGGCUACUG